AAAAACUAUCUGUUAUAAAGAUGUCUGUUCUUGUAGACUUUGUGGUUAUUAAUCUUCGAUUCCAUUAGAGAAUGGUUUCUUGAACUGAACGUGGAGGCAAUGAAGACCGUUUUUUUGAUUGUAUAGAUGCAGAGUGAAGGAAUUGGAUAAUCUUUGUUACUCAUUCUGUUUCCAUUAUCAACUGCAGGUAUCUGAAUUAUAUAUCAACAACUUCGUAAUCUCCUGACUCGUCUUGGCUCGAUACUGGAUUUCAAGAAAUACUCAACCGUCGUCUGUUCACGUACACUGUGCACUUCAGAUUUUUCAGCUCAAAGACGAAGGCGCUGGUAAUUUGGUUAUUGCGUGCCUUGUAGCCUAUGAAUUCUCCGCACACUUUCCAUUCUCUCCAUACCCACCAAACUUACCCCUCUCGUUUCCCUCAAAACUACACAAAGAAUCGUGUGGUUCCACCUUCCCUUAUAUAUGUAUGUGGCACUUGGAAUUUCCUUUCAAAUUCUCAUGGAGUCUGUUGCUUCUACUUCAUCCGCACCGGACCACCCCCGUCCUCGCCUUCCUUGGUUCGAGCCCUCCCAAGCUAUGACUGACCGGAUUGUUCGAGCUCUCCACCAUCACCUCCGUCUCCACACCGCUCUGAUUCUUCAUUCUGUGUUGGGUGCCACAGGCAAUGUCUACAUUGUGUCUCUACUCUACACCCCCUCGUGCACUUGCCCCAAUCGUAUUACGCCUUGCAAACACAUGUUAUUUGUUUACAUUCGAGCUCUGGGUGUGUCACUGGAUGAUAUAUGUCUUUGGCAGAGAACGCUUCGACCUUGUCAAUUGAAUCGUUUGCUUACUGCACCUGCUAUGACGGAAUCGCUUGCUGAAAUUCGUCUACGUAGAGUAUUUCAUCAGCAAUUCUUUCAGGUAAAAGAAAGGACUUGUGUACUUAUUGUAGAUAUUGAAGAUGGGGCUGCUUGUCCUGUUUGUUUGGAUGAUCUAAAGGACGAUCGGGUUGUGGCUUGUACGACAUGUCGAAAUCUCGUUCAUGAAGAUUGUUUCUCGAGGUGGAAACGAAGCAAGGGAAGGAGAAAUAUUAGCUGCGUAGUUUGUAGGGCAAGAUGGAAGGACACGAACAAAUGAACAAAAGUAUUUGAAUUUUUCUGCCCAUCUCAAUGAGCACGACGCAAUUGACAACAAUCGCUAUAAUAGCUAAAUAGACACCAUAAGAUGUCUCGUAAUAAAACUAUUGACGAGUGUUCAAUUAAUACUCUUAAAAGUUAAAAAAUACAAUUAGCAUUAUUUGUUAAAAAAAAUAC